GGUCCCCCAUUCACAGCUCCAAAACUCUCAGUCCUGUUGAACAGAAGUUGUUGAAACAGUCAGUCUGAGCAGCUGAAACCCAGAAGAACACUUUUAUCUGCUUCUCCUGGAUUCAGAGAGAUUUAACAAGGUCGGAUUGCAUUGAAAGAGAGAAGAUUUGGGGCUGUGCUGAAAUGGGAUCUCUGGAAACUGAGUGGAAACUUUUCCUGGGAGUCUGUCUGUCUGCUUGGAUGAUCACUGCAGAUGGGCCGCCCACGGCAGAUAAUUUAAAGUGGGUGUCUCUGGACUUUAAAACCAUUCUCACCUGGACGACUCAACCAUCUGAUUACAAGUACACUGUCUCUUAUGCUAGUGAUGAUAGUGACUGGGAGGAGGGUGAAAACUGCAUCCGAGUGUCAGAGACAGAAUGUGAUCUGACCAAGGACUUUCGUAUCAUCGACAGGACCUACCAUGCUCAAGUGAAAACAGAGCCUGCCACCACCGACUAUGACUAUGACCAUGAGGAGUUCCCUCACACCUAUUCUACAAACUUCAACCCCUACAAAGAAAGUAACAUCAGCGCUGUGAAUUUCACUGUGAAGGCUAUAGAUGAGAGCAGUGUAAUCAUCAACAUCACAGAUACUCUGACCGCUAUUCAUAAUUCUCGUGGGAAGCAGCUCAGCCUCAGAGACGUUCUCAGAAAUGACCUCAAGUAUAAAAUCAGCUACUACAAGUCUGGAAGUACAGGCAAGAGAGACAUCACGUCGGAUUCCUUAACAAAAGAGGUGCUUAAUCUGGAGCCAGGACAAAGCUACUGCUUCAUGGUGGCAGCUUUCAUCCCCUCCAGAGCCACAGUCCAGCAGGGAGCCUGGAGCAUCCAGCAGUGUACGACUGGAGACAUAGAAAUCCUGCAAGCGUUGAGUAUUGGAGCCUGGGUCGGUAUCAUCUUCAUUCUGCUCACAAUCCUCAUCAUCAUCAUUACGGUGACAGUCCUCUGCUGCAAAUGCUGGCGGCAAAAAAACACAUCUCAACAAUCAUCAGCACCUAUUUAGUGUAUGCGUGUGUGUGUGUGUGGUUGUGUGUGUGUGUGUGUGUGUGUGUGUGUCUUCCAAGCAUUGGGAGCUGGUCUUCCUUCUCUAUGUCCUCUCUGUUUCUAAGAAAACAUCAUUUUACAUCACUCUGCUCUUGUUUACUUUGUAUUUGUAAUUUCAAAAACAUGUUUUUUCCCAUUUUAAUAAAAAAAAAAAAAAAAAUCAAACGGGACGCUGAGAGCAGCCAAACCACCAGGGUAGCUGCAGUUUAACACAUUUAUCAGCCCCAUCACCAUCAAAGGCCCUUGCCACAUCCAGAUUUUCCAGGACUGUUUCUACCUGUGUAUGUGUGUGUGUGUGUGUGUGUGUUCUUGUAUGUCCUACAUAGUGAGGACCGGAACACGUUUUUAAACCAACAGAGUGAGGACCUUUUUGCGAAGUGAGGACAUUUCGGCCGUCCUCACUUCUUUAAAGGCUUUUUUGAGAUUUAAGGGUUCAGGUUACAAUUAGGUUUAUGUAAAGGUAACCAUGUGUUAGGGUGAGGGUAAGGGGCUAGGGACCAAGGUUGUUAUAGUUAAAGAAAACUAACGAAAUAACGAAAACUAGAAUUGAAAAAUAAUUUUUGUUCACUGAAAUAAAAAUUAAAAAUGACAGUUUAAAAAAAAGAUAAUUAACUGAAACUGUAUUUUGUGGUUACAGAACUAACUAAAAUUUCAGUAUAUAAUGUCCUUAAUUUCCAUCUUUGUCAACUUUGUCCAUACAUAAUGAAGAUGGAUAAGACAAAGGAAAUAAAGGCAAAAUUUACUGUGACCUCUUUUAAUCUCCCACUGAAAACAAAAACUAACACAAAAACUAAUAAAAACUAAACUAAAACUAGCAAACUCACUCUAAAAACGAAUUAAAACUAACUGAAAAAUUCAAAACUAUUAUAACCUUGAAAGGGAAUUCACUAUUCUAAUGAGGGCCCUCACAAAGAUAGAAGUACAAGAAUGUGUGUGUUUGUGUGUGUGUGUGUGUGUGUGUGUGUGUUUGUGUCUUCCAAGCAUGGGGAGCUGGCCUUCCUUCUCUAUGUCCUCUAAAACAUCAUUUUACACCACUAUGCUCUUUUUUUUUACUGUGUAUUGUAGUUUGCUUUUUUAUUUCCUAUUUUAACUGACAUUAAGGUGAACAUGUGCAGGAUACUUUGACAUCAAAUUAAGUCUGCUUCUGAGGUUAUCUGCAUUUUAAGCCCCAUCUGUGCAUUUCCUCACCCAUCCUGUGUUUGAACUGUGGACCCACAAUCAUCAGCAUCAAAUGCUUACCACAGCAACAAUUCACACUGGAAGAAUUUUGCCAGAAGGAAAUUAAAGUUUUAAAAUGUGAUUUGUCUACCUGUUACAUUUUAUGAGUGUAAAUGUAUUUACAUUUCCCGGAAAUUAAUCUUUUCACUCAUCAUGCCACUCCAGGUGCCCUAAAACUGUUUCCUCUAAACAUGCUUUUCAGAGUGAAUCCUUCUAUGAAUAAAUACAAAUAACCACUAGUGGUCCAGUAAAUGAAGCUCUUCAGUGGCACUUAGUGGAUGCUCCAUGAAACUACACAACAUUAGUAAAUUCAUCUCCUUUACAAAUAAAUAUUUGUCUAAACUUUUAGCCUUAAGUGAUAGAACUUAUUUGGAUUUGUUUUUUGCGUUUUACAAGACUAACUUUUAUUGGUCAAAUGGAUGAUGAAACAAUAAAAAACAUUAAAGAAAUGAAAA